AUGCACGGCAAGUGGACCGAGGACGAGGACGUCGCCAUCGUGGCGCUGCGCCUGGGGACAAACCUGAGCUGGGAGGGCAUCAAAGCCAAGUUCGACGCUGCCUUCCCGCCCGCCAGCUGCAAGGACCUCGAGUCCCGCUGGAACAAGACGCUCAGGCCGACGCUGCCCCCGCGCGCAGCCAACCGUACUGCCUGUCUGUUCGACGACUACAGGCACUACCGACCGAGCCACAUCGCCGAUGGCGACCAGAGGAGACUGGUGCUCGCCGUUCUGCGCGUGCUGGCGGACCAUCCCGCCGAGCGGAUCGUCCCGCCGCACCCAGAACUCGAGUCGUCUGGAGACCAACUCCAGCAAGCGGCCGCUGUCCAAGCCUUGCAGCCAUCCGGCUCGGCUGCCCAGCUGUCUGCGCCUCCCCAGCAGCCUUCCGCCCCAGAGCAGCCGCCAACA